ACACGCUAACCCUAUAAAUACACUAUCACCUCACAAAUCCCAAACACAAACAACGCAGCGCAGCCCUGUGAUUUCGAUCUUUUCUUUCUUAUUAUAAUCUUUAACUUUAGAUCGUUCUUUUCUAGGGUUUCGUUUCUCUCCGCGCUUUCCCUUCUCCCAAGUUCCCACUCGUAUCUAUUUCAUUCGAUUUGAUCUCGGUGGGUUGAAGGUAUUGAAAGCUGCGGCAUUUUAUAAUUUGAUCUUAUCAAAUCAGGACUGAAUGAGCUAAUGGAGUCUAAAGGAGGUAAAAAGAAGUCUAGUAGUAGUAGUAGUAAUUCAUCAUCAUCAUUAUUCUACGAAGCCCCCCUCGGAUACAGCAUUGAAGACAUUCGUCCUAACGGUGGAAUCAAGAAAUUCAGAUCAGCUGCUUACUCCAACUGUGCUCGCAAGCCAUCCUGAUAUUCCCUACUGAUAUUCCGUCCCGUGCAUGCAAGCAUUUUUUUAUUAGCUUUUUUAGUUUUUGUCUAGUUUUAUUCACUACUCUCCUUCAAACAACAUCUUUCCAAACCCUCUCUUUGCGAUUGUACUCUUUGUUUAUCUCCUUGUAUUUUCUUUAUUUCUUUCUGUUUGAACUGUGGCCAUGGCAGUUUCUGCAAUUGGUUUCGAAGGUUUCGAAAAGAGGUUGGAAAUAUGCUUUUCCGAUCCAGGACUUUUUUCUGACCCUCAGGGUAGGGGUUUAAGAUCUCUCACAAAAUCUCAAUUGGAUGAAAUUCUUGCACCGGCGGAAUGCACCAUUGUUUCUUCCCUAGCCAACGACGAUGUUGACUCCUAUGUUCUGUCUGAGUCCAGCCUUUUUGUUUAUGCCUACAAGAUCAUUAUCAAAACCUGUGGUACUACCAAGUUACUGCUUUCAAUCCCACCCAUACUGAAAUUGGCCGAGUCCAUUUCUCUCAAAGUUCGAUCUGUUAGGUACUCUCGCGGUAGUUUCAUUUUUCCUGGAGCUCAGUCCUAUCCUCAUCGCCACUUUUCGGAGGAAGUAGCUGUCCUUGAUGGUUACUUUGGGAAGCUUGGAUCAGGCAGUAUGGCUUAUAUUAUGGGCGGUUCCAACGAAGCACAAAAUUGGCAUGUUUACUCUGCCUCUGCAGAUUCCGUGAGCCCAAUUGACUCUGUCUACACUUUAGAGAUGUGCAUGACUGGCCUAGACAGAGAGAAAGCUUUGGUUUUCUUCAAAGAACAAUCAGGUUCAGCUGCCAAGAUGACUGUUAACUCUGGCAUCAGAAAGAUUCUUCCAAAUUCUGAAAUUUGCGACUUCGAUUUUGAACCCUGUGGUUAUUCAAUGAAUUCUGUUGAGGGAGCUGCUGUUUCUACCAUUCAUGUUACUCCUGAAGAUGGUUUCAGCUAUGCAAGCUUUGAGACUGUGGGAUACAAUUUGAAAACAAUGAAUCUGAACGAAUUGGUGGUGAGAGUGCUUGAUUGUUUCGAACCAACUGAGUUUUCUGUAGCUGUUCAUGUGGACAACGCAAGCAAAUCAUUUGAACAGGGCUGUUUGCUGGAUGUUAAGGGAUACUGUCGUGAAGAGAGGAGCCACGAAGGACUUGGAAUGGGUGGUUCUGUUGUCUACCAAAAAUUUGUUAAGACUUCUGACUGUGGCUCGCCUAGAUCAACUCUCAAAUGCUGGAAGGAUGAAGAUGAAGAAGAGUAGCUUGUCUUUGUCUUGUGUUUCUGUCUUCGUCUUGUGUUUCUGUCUUUGUCGUCUGUUUCUGUCUUUGUCGUCUGUUUCUGUUGAAUAAGUGUUUUGCCUUGUUUGGCUGAACUCAUCGUUUUAGUUUGUUUUCUUUUUUUAGUCAUUUACUGUUUAUGUGUGGGAGGUUUAUCCAACCUUCAUUGUUAUUUUCGUUUGAACUUUCAAUUGAAUUAAAAGCAUGUUCUGGGAAUCAA